AAAAACUAGCACCUCCCUCACGAAAAACUACACACAGCUCUAAUGCUAGUCUUUUUUUUGAACAGAACGGCAUUCCUGUGGCAUUGGUUUACAUUCGAGUCCGUAAAUGCUGAAUGGAUCCAGCAUUGGGGUGUUUUGCAAGGCUUCCGAAACGCGCUCAUCAACGCAUUUCCGAUGACAGACAUCAACGGGUUCAAGUUCGACUUUAUCUUUAACCUGCAGCAUACUAUGUUAAGACAAGGACUGAGACGGAUUCUUUGUCUUACACUACUUUCUUACUUAUUUCUUGUCUUGCCUAUGUGUGAGUGUGUCGUCGGUUUUGAUGUUAUGAUGCUUGAAAUUUUCGACAUACUGCUCUUUCAGAUACUACAGCGGGAGCGGAUACAUCCACUCGACCUGGUUACUGUUUUGUACAUCAUCAUCAAUCAUGAGAGGAUCAUCGUCAUCAUCUCUUCUAAUUUCUAUCGCAGCAAUCUUACUUACUGAGCUGCAUGUACUUGCGGUUCACGCGCACGGUUUUGACAUCCUGCGGGAGGGAAAAACACGAGCUGAGCGCAAACGCAAAGCAGAUGACGAAAAAGAGAAGAAGGAACGACGAAAAGCGAACUACGUCUCUGACUCCCUCACCUUCCACCAGAAGGGCAAUAUUUCUUUUAAGGCUCGGUAGGUUCUUAAGCAAUCUGGUGCAGUCAAGGAUGUGUUGUAGUGAGGUUGUUGUGAGGAACGCAUAAUUCACCUCUAACCAUACAUCAACCAAAGCGGAAAAGGAAAAGUAGACCUCCAGGAACGAUCAAGGGAGAAAGUAUCAAGUCUUGGAACUGUUGUAGUACCGGAUAACACUGGUGGUUUAGUGCCGCAUAUUCGCCUGGUAAAAGAACUGAAGGGCAACGGGGAGUGACACACAUGUUUGUCCGUUCCAUCAUUCAGUGAUUUUUUUGCUGUUCACAAGAUCAUGACGAUGAAAAUGUUGAGCCAUAAGAUGAUCAUAGAUCAUGAUCAGGAACUUUCUUCUCAUGGACAUAGUUAGAGGUCACCAGCAACAACGCCAUACACCCCACCCCAGCCACUAAUAUGCCCAAGCACCCAACGACGAAGUGGGGAUAGUAGCACUACCCCGCCUAUAUUAACAUUGACCCGCCUCAGACGAACACUACCUGCUCAUCGACUAAGA